AACUUUUUCCAAGCAUGCAGAUUGUGGCUAAGGCCACUCAAAGACCUAGCUAGCUUUGGAACUCGUAUUGCCACCGCCAUUCAUUCCCAUUAACCAUUGGAGGGGUUCUUCCUCCCUCUCUCUCUCUCUUCUCUGUUUCUCUCUGCCUGCCUGUCUUUCUAUCUUCCCCACUCUUAAAUCUUCCUAAAUCCACAAUAGUUAGCACUAACCAAGUACAGCAAGCUUUAAGAAAAAGGAGAAUUCAGAGGGUUGAUCAGAGCAAGAUAGCUAAGAAGCGGGGAAGCGAACUUCCUGAUAGAAGAAAUGGGUAUCCCUUCCUUUUACAAAUGGCUAGUGAGCAGAUACCCAAACAUCAUCGUCAAAGCCCUGCCUCCACAAGACCAAGAACACAACAGCUUGCUACUCCCAAACCCAAAUGGAUUCGAGUUCGAUAACCUCUAUCUCGACAUGAACGCAAUCAUCCACCCUUGCUUCCACCCCGAAGACCCUUCAAACCCAAUUCAGCCGACAACCUUCGACCAAGUCUACAGCCCGAUGUUCGACUACAUCGAUCACUUGUUCAGCAUCGUGCGGCCGAGGAAGCUCUUGUUCAUGGCUGAUGAUGGAGUAGGUCCACGUGCAAAGAUGAAUCAGCAGCGGGGCAGACGAUAUCGAUCAGCCAGAGAUAACGAGAUUGCGGAAGAGAUGGAGAACUGCUUAAGAAAGCAAUUUGAGGCGGCAGGCAAACAACUCCUUCCGAAUUCUGAGUCUGAAUUGUUGGACUCAAGCAUCAUAACCCCUGGAACAGAGUUCAUGUUCGAGCUGUCGAAGAAGCUUCAGCAGUACGUUACAUCCCGAAUGGAGACAAGUCCUGCCUGGAAGGAGAUCAAAGUUGUUCUCUCUGAUGCAAAUGUACCGGGCGAGGGGAAGCAUAAGGUCAUGUCGUUCAUUCGACAGCAACGUAGUCUCGCUGAGUACAACCCGAAUACACGACAUUGCCUCUAUGGCCUGGAUGCUGAUUUGAUCAUUCUGGCUCUAGCAACACAUGAAGUCCACUUCUCGAUACUGCGAGAGGAUGUUGGUGUUCGAGAAGAGCAACCGAUGUGUUUAUCUGCUUCGAAGAGUAGCCUUUCCACGGUGGAGACGAAAUCAUUUAAGUCGAGAGGAGGGUUCAAAGAUGUGAAAGUUGUAGAAGAACAAGCAAUUACUGAAAAGCCUGCAUCUUUCAUCAGGAAGGCACAUCAGUUCCUCCAUAUUUGGAUUCUGAGGGAGUACUUAGAGGUUGACAUGAGAAUCCCUGAUCCUCCCGAGAAUUUCAAAUAUGAUGUAGACCGAGUCGUUGACGAUUUCGUGUUCAUCUGCUCUUUUCUGGGGAAUGAUUUUCUUCCUCACAUGCCUACCCUGGAGGCACAUGAGGGCGCCCUUGAUCUCUUGAUGACUGUUUACAAGGAGCAUUUCAGAAUUCUGGGUGGCUACUUGGUGGACAUGCAAAGAGUUCAAGACUCUAACAGUGCAUUUAUCGAGCUGAAAAGAGUGGAGAAGUUCAUCCUGGAGGUUGGGAAAUUUGAGGACAAGAUUUUCAACAAAAGAUCGCAACUUCGAGAUCAAAAGAUUAAGCAGAUUGCUGCUUAUGCAGUUGCAGAGAAUGAAGACUUGCUGCCUGAGAUAUUGAAGGAUCGGAGCUCAACUUCCAUUGGAAUCUCCUCAUCUUCUGAAGCCCAAAUUCUGAAGAAUACAAUUGAUUUCAAGUUCAAAUUAAGGGCUUGCAUUCGGAAGAAAGGAGACCAUUUCAGAAAUGGUGAUUUGGGCGAAGACAAAGUGAGACUUGGCAACGAAGGCUGGAAAAAGAGAUACUAUCAAGAGAAAUUCUCAGCAGAAACUCCAAGUGAGAUUGAAGCUAAAAGAAAAGAUAUUGUUCAGAAAUAUACAGAAGGAUUGUUGUGGGUGCUGGAAUACUACUACUCUGGAGUCCCUUCAUGGAGUUGGUAUUACCCAUAUCAUUAUGGACCAUUUGCAUCUGAUCUCAAGGGCCUUUCACAAGUGAAGGUUAAGUUCCAGAAAGGAUCUCCAUUCAAGCCCUUUGAGCAGCUCAUGGCUAUACUACCACCCCAAAGUUCCACUACACUCCCUAAACCAUAUCAGAAACUGAUGACCGAUGAGCAGUCCAACAUCAUCGACUUAUUCCCCACGGAUUUUGAAAUCGACAUGAAUGAAAAGAGGUUUGCAUGGCAGGGGAUAUGCAAGCUUCCAUUCGUUGAUGAACAACGGCUGUUAGCUGAGGUCCAUAAGGUCGAGAAGGAACUCCAGGCUCAUGAAGCCGAAAGAAACAAGCAAACAGCCGACAGACUGUUUGUUAGAAGAAGCAGCUUGCCUGAUGGUCUUCUGGCUUCACUUGUUUCACAAGGAUUCCCAAGCAUGCUGAACAUUGCUUCAUGUGGAAUUGGUGGCAUUGUUCGCUCGGACCAAGUGACUUGGAGCAGCACUAUGGACAGAACCAUCUUAUGUCUUUUGCUCGACGCGCCUCAUGAAAUCAAACACACUUCCCGUCCUCUAGCAGGAACUACCUUCCCAGACAAGACCAUAACUGAAGCAGACAUUGAAGCCACACAGCUAUGGCAUGAAAUCCCCGUCUCGAGAUACACUAACACUCACAGCAACCAAAACUGGAACAGAAGAAGCAAUAGAGGAUAACCACACAAUUACAAUGACACAAGCUCGAAACCUUCCUCUACGAGUAACACUAAUUCAGUUCGAUUUGUGACCGAUCCUUCUCCAAGAGCGAUCACCGGUUUCAGCAGCUACAGAUUCAAGUCACUUAACUAUAACCCAACCAACCCAGGCAGCAGCCACGGCAGUUGAAUGCCAACAUUAAUGAUCAUUUAAGGUAUCAACAUGGUACUGGAAGAAGGCAAUGGAGCUCCUCACCAUCAUCAUCAGCAGCUGGCAAUGAUUAAUUACCACCCAUCUCUUGCAGAAUGGUAUGGAAGAGGUGGUGGCAAUAGUAACAAUGGACCACGUGGGUCUUCUUCUACAUCAAGCUGGAGGGCAAGAGGGCAGUCCUGAUAAUUGGGGGAAUCCUUCUGGCAGGAAAAAGUGUCAGUGCCGUUGUAGUGUUUUCUUUAUCAUUGCUCCUUUUUCUUGUUAGAAGAUAUGAAUAUUUUGAUGGAGCAAUGAGUUCUUUUGUGUCUUGUGGCGAGUGGCCCAAUGUGUUCUUUGUCUUGUUUGGCACAUGUCGUCUUCCCCUUUCUGGUCUUCCCUACUGCCUUGCUGUUUUGCCCUUUUGGCCCCAACCUUGAUACUACUACCAGGCGUCCUUCACUCUUCACCCUUUACUUUUAUCUUGCGCAAACCAAACUUACACAGUACAAAACCCAUUUCAGUAAAGGUGCU